AACCAUUUUCAGAAUUCCAGCUUGACACGCGAACCCACAACAAGACUUCCCUCUGCGCGAUCAUGCUCAGCCAGAACCAUGAUUUGGCGACUCACGACCUCGCAGCUCGUAAGAUGAAACCAAGCCAGAUGGUCUGGAUGAGCUAACAUAAUGCGGGCAGAGGUAGCAGCCAUAGAUAUCGACGAGAGCCAAAACCCAAGCAGUGCAAACGCAAACGCCUUUGCAGCAUGGAACGGCGAGCCGCCUCCCACUCCCAAGCUGAAGAGCAAUGGGAUUAUCGCGAUUGAUAUCACAGGACAGUUCUCCCAUGCUGCCCAACGUAAGCAGCGAAAUCCCAAUUUAUGUUUGCACGAUCACGUGCUUAUUUAUGCCUUUUACAGAACUGGAACUUGGAGAGCUCAUCAAAGAUCCGUUCUUUACUCUUUUUGAGUCGGUUGGGGCACUAGAGGUGAGAUUUUAUCGGGGUUGGGCUAUGAGAGAGAUAGUCACUAAAGGUCAAUAGAUUAUGGAUCCGAAAAUGGAUAGUGGUUAUUUGGAGCCCGGCGAGACGAUGGAAGACGACUAUGAUUUCAGUCAACCAUUACUUCCCGAAGAAAUCAUUGGGAUCAUCGAUCAACUUCUUUGCCAUGAGGUGAGUUUCCGCGGGUUCCGUAUGGAAGUUCAGAGCUAAUAUCGUAGGUCGCCUGGCAUAUCGGUCAUCCUUUAGGUCAAACCAUCUUCACCAGUUUAUACAUCGACAGAAUCCUGGAUCCCUGCCCUACACAGAUCAACCAGACAUUCUUUGAUAGAAGUGAAACUAGUGAGGAUGAGUCGCUAAAUUUCCAGAUUCUCCGGGCAUACUGCCUAGGUCUUAUCAAGACCUGUAGUUAUGUCAAUGAGGGAGUCAAAGCGGAGCAUUACUAUGAGGUAGGCCAUAAUCACCCGAUGAAAAAAACAUUACAUUAAACUACUUCGUAGGAAGAGGAUUUUGCUACUCACACUUUCAACAGAAGCCUGCUUGAAAACAUUGGCAAAGAUGAGAUUCUCCAGCUUCUCGGAGAUACAGAAGAGCAGCUAUCUGGGUCUACGGAGAUGUCAACAGAAAUCAAAGAUGCUCUGAUUUGUAGGGUCAGCUUUAGGAAGAAAUUCUUGAUGGCCGUUGAAGAUGUGAAUUCCAGAGACUCGAUGGAGAGCAUCAAAGAACAUUGGUCUGGUCUGCAAACUCUCCUACCAACUCUCAAAUCAUCAGCGACAUUGGGAAAACCAGUUCCUGGGACUUUUAGUGUUAAAAUACAACGCAAGUUGGCCAGUACUGUCCCUCCGCGUCCUAUAGUUGAGAUAAGCUGGGAAGCCACCUGUGAACAUUUGGAAAGACUCUGCCGGGAUGGCUCUAUUGCUGCAGAGGUUUUGAAAUAUUACGAUUCACAUAGUCUCAUGGUAAGUCACAUCCAUUUUCAGCGUUACCAGACCCAUCUUGAUAUGAACUAAUUAAGAUAGACCUUUGUCUCCUUGUUUCAAGCACGAAAACCUCAGCCGUCAGUCUACGUUCGUACUUUACUUCAACACUACAUAUUCGCAGAUAUGAUCAUUCUGGGAUCCAUUUCAAUUCGCCAAGUUCUCGACGAUGAUUUAUCGAGCACUGUGCUUCCAGCAAACAUACUUCUUGAUCGCGGAAAUGAUGAGGUAGAAGUACCUACCGAUCCUCGUUUCAUGAUGGCAGCCCAAAUGGAAAGCUUCCGUUCUCAAGCUGCUAGAUCAUACCUGGAUAUUCUCCGCACCAUUUGCCAAAAUCGAUGUCGUAUCAGACGUACGCUCUGCCGCCUUGUUGCAGAUUGGGAGGUUCUCCAACACGAUGCCGAAGAGAUGGAUGUGGAUCUUCGCCAAUACACUCGGGAGGAGUCCAUCAAUGAUCCCGACAUCUCGAGUGAGCCAAUAUACUCAUUUCCUCUAUCAUCAUGGGCAUACUUUUACAAACUUCGACAAAUGGAGUGGCUAGUUCAAAUGGGAUUUGAGCUUGAGAUCUAUCAAUCAGAUGAACUCGCAACAAUGUACUGGUACCUGCAAUACAUCGCUAAAACACGAGCUCGUCAUCUCGAGCGAAUUAGGGGUUUUACUUUCAGAGCCUCUCGCCGAAAUCGCGUUCCUGAGAAGCAGACAGAGGUCAUAAAUGCUUUGUCUUUCAUCAACUACUCCACCUUGGAAGCUACCGCCACGUACGGAUUUGCAGAUGCAUUAUCGUGUCUGUUCACCGUACUUAAUCGACUUUCCCUCAUCAAAAAACCCGACCUUCCAUAUAGUAACGAUCUCCAAAGAUACGAAGUCCGAAUGAAACCGUUCCAACUCAUCGGCCUCCCUGAACUUGUCUCCCACGAUGAACUCUCCAAAGUUGUAGCACAACCCGAAGAAUCCACCAUGGACCUCCUCAAAUACGCCUCUGAAUCCGCGCUAGCAGCCAAGAAGGGCUUUGAGAUCAUCAGCAAGUUGAAUGCUAAGGAUGCGUAUUGUCAGGGUUCUUAUGAUAGUUGGUUAAAGAACGUUAAGGAUUGUUUGAAGGCUUGCAUCUUUACGGGCAUUUCGAUUGCGGCGGUUAAGAAGGCGGUGGUGGGAAUGAAGGAUGGUGGAGAUGUGGGGAUUAAGGUUGAGAUUCCUGAGAUUGGGAAGGGGUAUCAUGAGUGGUGGAUUGUGCCUAAGGUUGUGCCUACUUCUUGAUGUUUCUUCGUUGGCUUAUUCUAGGAAGAUGGGUGAGGGAUAGUGCGGUGAUAUCUAGCCUGUGUGGUUCUUGAAAUUAAGAUCGUCUUU